CACGCAAACUAUCGUUUAUUUAUCAGAAACUUGCCAGUUUACUUUUCAUCGACUUCGACAUAGUCAAUCGCUGAGAUUCUACAAAGAUUUUAGCCAAAAUGGUGAAGAACUGUUUUCUUGUCGCUCUUCUCUUCGUGGCUGUAGCUACCAUCAUGGCAGUACCAGUGGGUGAGGAGAAGGAGCCUCUCGAACUGUCUGGUGCCGAGGAACCUGCUGAUGGACAAGUAAAACUCAGCUGCAAUCUUGGGGAUGGUGUUUGCGCUCUACAUUGUGUCAGCGAAGGAAAAGCUGGUGGCCGCUGCAAAAAUGGAAUUUGCUAUUGUGUCCAGAAGUAAGAAGAAAUGUCAAAAAUGUCAAAUAUAUCACUGAUGUAAACCCUUAUUAAAGUACCUAUAGAAACUCUGUACAUUUAUUUUUGAAUAAAUACAACAGAACGUGUAUCAGAUUGAGCAGAAA